UAAAUGCUGGAUACGUGUAGAUGCUUUGGCUUUGGUCAAUUCCCAUUUUGUAACAAAUCUAUGUUGCCAAUCAUAGAGAGACACGUGUCGAAGUUAUCUAACAUUAUAAUUGUCCUUCUUCUUGGUCACUUCAACUAAUACCAACCUGCACCAGAGUUUAAAAACGGUAAGCAAAACCUGCCUCACCACGUGUUCUUUUUUUGAGACUGUUUGCUUUGCUUCCUCCUACCCUAAAUUAAUUAAUUUUAUUUUUUAUUUUAUUUUAAGGGCUGAGAGAUAUUUUAGAUAAAAGUAGGUGUGACUCACCUUUCUUUUUUAUUUUCAUUUUAUUUUUAUUUUUAAUAUUGAAUAUUAAUUGAAGGGUGGUUUGAUUGAUACACAUGAAAGUAAUUGAAAAGAGAGUAAGAGAGCUAAUUUUAUGAGGCUAAAAUGGGUUGCCUCUGACCUUGGCAAAACAAUUACACCUAGAUUUUUCUUUUCACUGUUUUUUUUUUUUUUUAAUUAGCUUCUUUUUCAGAACCCCAUUUUCACGUCUCUGUGUUUAUUAGUUUUUCAUAAAGGUUGAAUCUUUUAAUCUGGUUUAUUUGAACUGGAUCUUGGUAGAAAAAGAAUGUUUCUAAAACAUCUUUAAUCUUCAUCUUGGUGAGAAAAGAAUGCAAAAACAGUGUUAAAGGUUUUAGCUUUCAUUCCAUUAAAGCUAUUACUGAUAAUAACAUUGAAGAAGAGACUUGAUGAAGAAGAUAUCAUCCUCACCUGUUGCUGUACCUUAUAGGCUUGGUAACUUUAUCCAUGAAGACUCAACAGUAACAACCCAAGUUGAGAUUAAUGGCCUUAAGUUAAUUUCAAACACAGCAUCCCUGUUUUCUAAUCCCAAUGCCAAGUCAAACACACCAUGUGAAUCCCUUUGUUUUGGAAGUGAAAGUUAUAGGAGUGCAGAGGGUGAAAAUACUGAGUUCACCUCAAGAGGUAAAGGUAAUAAUAACAAUAAUAAUAAUCCCUUUGUUAAUAACUCAUUUUCUCCAUCUCUGGAUUUGGUUUCUGAUUCCAUUAUGAACAAAACAACAAACACUAAAAAGGAAGUUGGUAAGUUUGAAAAUACCACUGGGAACAUACCCAGUGGUGAUAUGGAACAUGGGCAGGAAGAAGAUAUGGUUGGAGUAGUUGAGGUUGGUUUGGAGGGAAAAGACAGUUAUGGAUCUGAUGAGUCUGACCCAUGUAUUAUGUCUACCUUGCCAUCUAAGGAGAAAAGACCAUAUAGAAUAACAAACAGCAGUAGUCAGAAUGUUUUGGAUUUGGAUUGUUUACCCCUUUGGGGUUUCACAUCUAUCUGUGGAAGGAGACCAGAGAUGGAGGAUGCACUUGCAGUUGUACCCAGAUUGAUGCAACUCCCAAUUGAAAUGUUAGAAGAUGACCACCAAAACUUGGAUGCUAUAAAUCACUACUCAACUCAAUCAACUGCCCAUUUUUAUGGUGUAUAUGAUGGUCAUGGUGGUAACCAGGUGGCUAAUUAUUGUCGACAAAGGCUUCAUUUAGCCUUGGUUGAGGAGAUAGAAACUGCAAAAGCAGGCUUGCAUAAUGGAAGUAAGAGGGAAAGUUGGCAGGAGAUGUGGAAAAAGGCCUUCUCUAAUUGUUUUGCCAAAGUUGAUGCUGAGGUUUCUAGUUCUGCUACUGUUGCGCCUGAAACAGUUGGUUCAACUGCAGUGGUUGCACUUAUUUGUCCAACCUAUAUUAUGGUGGCCAAUUGUGGUGAUUCAAGGGCAGUUUUGUGUCGAGGAAAAGCACCAGUUGUUUUGUCAAUUGACCAUAGACCAGACAGAGAAGAUGAAUAUGAAAGGAUAGAAGCAGCCGGAGGCAAAGUUAUACAGUGGAACGGUUCUCGAGUUUUUGGUGUUCUUGCAAUGUCAAGAUCCAUUGGUGACAAAUACUUGAAACCAUGGAUUAUUCCUGAUCCAGAAGUGAUGUUUGUUUCUCGAGCAAAAGAAGACGAAUGCCUCAUUCUUGCCAGUGAUGGUUUAUGGGACGUUAUGACAAAUGAGGAGGCUUGUGAUGUUGCCCGGAGAAGGAUCCUUAUAUGGCAUAAAAAGCAUGGCGAUAACUUGUCGGGCGAAAGAGGCCACGGGGUUGAUCUUGCUGCUCAAGCUGCAGCAGAGUACCUCUCAAAGCUUGCUCUCCAGAAGGGAAGCAAGGACAACAUUAGCGUUAUAGUGGUGGACUUGAAAGUUGUAAGAAAAUUCAAGAAAAAAACCUGAGAGAAGAGAAGCUUUUUUCUCUUCUCUUGCAGGAUUUUGACAUGUGUUAUAAUGACAUGAAUAUAAAUAACAAUUAUUUAACGUGAUUCAGCCCUUCAAUUUUUUUUUACAAAACUGGGCUAGUUGUGAUCACAACACUAAUGUAUACCUACCCAAUAUUACAAUAUAUUAUAUACUUUUAACUUUAUUUA